GCGGCUCCGGGGCGGCGGGGGCGGCUCGGCUUCGCGCGAAGAUGGCCGCUCCGCCUCUCGCCACCAAGGCCGGUUGCUCCGCCGCCGCCGCCGCCGCCGCCAACGCGCUCGGGCCGGCCCGGGUGGCCGCCGCCUUCCCGGAGCUGGACUUCCGUUCGGGCGCCCGGAUCGAGGAGCUGAACAAGCUGAUCCAGGAGUUCGCCCGGCAGGACCAGCGCGAGUACGACGACCAGCGCGCCCUGGAGAUCCACACCGCCAAGGACUUCAUCUUCUCCAUGCUGGGCAUGGUGCAAAAACUUGACCAAAAACUUCCAGUCGCCAAUGAGUACUUGCUGCUUUCCGGAGGGGUGCGAGAAGGAGUGGUGGAUCUUGAUCUCGAUGAGCUGAACAUCUACGCUCGUGGCACUGACUAUGACAUGGACUUCACCCUCCUUGUGCCAGCACUGAAGCUCCAUGACCGAAACCAGCCGGUCACCCUGGACAUGCGCCACUCCGCCCUGUGUCACUCCUGGCUGAGCUUGCGGCUCUUUGACGAAGGGACCAUCAGCAAGUGGAAGGACUGCUGCACCAUCGUGGACCAUCUCAACGGGGCUACCAACUACUUCUUCUCCCCCACCAGGGUAGCCGACUGGUUCUAUGAUUCCAUCAGCAUCGUCCUCUCAGAGAUUCAGAAGAAGCCUCAGCGGGGGAUGCCCAAAGUGGAGAAAGUGGAGAAGAAUGGCACCCUCAUCUCCAUCAUCCUAGGGGUGGGCAGCAGCCGCAUGCUGUACGACAUCGUGCCCGUGGUGUCCUUCAAAGGCUGGCCGGCCGUGGCCCAGAGCUGGCUGAUGGAGAACCACUUCUGGGACGGGAAGAUCACCGAGGAGGAAGUCAUCAGCGGCUUCUACCUGGUCCCCGCUUGCUCGUACAAAGGCAGGAAGGACAAUGAGUGGCGACUGUCCUUUGCCCGCAGCGAAGUGCAGCUGAAAAAGUGCAUCUCCAGCAGCCUCAUGCAGGCCUACCAGGCCUGCAAGGCCAUCAUCAUCAAGCUGCUUUCGCGCCCCAAGGCCAUCAGCCCCUACCACUUGCGGAGCAUGAUGCUCUGGGCCUGCGACCGGCUGCCGGCCAGCUACCUGCUGCAGGAGGACUACGCUGCCCACUUCCUCCUGGGCCUGAUUGAUGACCUGCAGCACUGCCUGGUGAACAAGACAUGCCCCAACUACUUCAUCCCCCAGUGCAACAUGCUGGAGCAUCUCUCGGAGGAGACGGUCAUGCUCCACGCACGGAAACUCUCCUCGGUGCGCUCCGAUCCUGCUGAACACCUCCAGAUGGCCAUUGAGCAUGUCAAGGCUGCCAACCGGCUGACGCUGGAGCUCCAACGGAGGGGCAGCGCCACCAGCAUCCCCUCCCCCCAGUCCGACGGAGGGGACCCCAACCAGCCUGACGACCGGCUGGCCAAAAAGCUGCAGCAGCUGGUGACUGAGAACCCGGGCAAGUCCAUUUCGGUCUUCAUCAACCCAGACGACGUCACGCGGCCCCACUUCAGAAUCGACGACAAAUUCUUCUGAGGCUCUCUGCUGCGGCCGCAGAUUUUGGGACCCCCUCGCUUGCGUUUCGCUUAUCCAGAUCUGUUUCCUUGGUAAACAUGCCCAGCCUGAAGUGGGCCUGCGGGCGGGGGGGCUCCUGGGCUCUGGUGUGCUGCCACCCCUUCCUCUGGUGUCUAGAGCUUUCCCAGACCAACUUGAACGGUGCGCCCAGGUCCCAAGUCCUGGCCGCCUCCUUCAGCAAAAAUUCCCUUCGACCCCAGCACAUCCCCUUCUCCGAUGGGCGGGCUGGGUCCCCUUGGUCUCACGCCCCCCCAUCCCCCAACUGCCCCCUCUUUCAGAGGGGGACUGUGAGAAACGCCCGCCCAGUGGACGGCUCGCGUCCCUUGCUCACCCAGAAAGACCAAAACGAGGCGACAAGUGAUGAUCCAACAGACUUCUCCACGCUGCGGGCGUUUUCCUCCCUCGAUCGCCUUUCCUUGAAUGUAUUUGUUGGAGUCAGAGCUGGAGCGGAACAAGAACUUCUGCCAGUGGCUCCUGCAGAAUGAGAUCCUGGGAUGGUCGGUCUUAGUGUGUGUCCUUAGCCAAGGCCUUCCUUCAAGGCGAUUAAAGGACAUAGCGUAA